AUGGAUUGCCCUGAUGACGACCAUCUUUUAUACAAUGAGCUCACAGAAAGAUAUAAAACAUAUCUGGAAACUUGCUCAUCAUUCAUGCGAAUCAAAACGACAAAAAUUGAUGAAAUACAAAAAAUUUAUCAAAUGAUUAAAACGAAUUUACUUGAUAUGAAGAUAUUUUCACCACAAAGAAUAUACAGAUUAAUUUUUACGGCUUAUAAGUACAAUAAUGAAUAUUUAAAAUCAUAUUUUACUAUUCUCAAAUUGACUUAUGAAGAAUUUCAAAUAAAGCCAAAUUUUUUCGACAAUGAUGUUUUAGAGUAUUUCUUUUAUAAAGAAUACAAUUUACCAAUUGAUGGAUAUCAACAGAAAAUUUUUGAAAAAUAUGAAAACGAAAACUAUUCAUUGGAUAUUCAUGAAAAGAAUACAAUAUACAGAUCAAUUAUGGAUGAUGACAAAGAUUCGUUUGUUAAAUUCAUAGAAGAUGAAUCAUUCGAUAAAGAUCAAAUUCUCAUCAACGAAUUAUAUCCCAUAUCAGAUGAGGGAUUAUCACUUCUUGAAUUAUGUUGUUAUCAUGGAUCAGCUGAUUGUUUUAAGUUGUUAAUAACAAAAUUCAAAUCAGAAAUCACUCUUAAAUGUCUUUGGUUUUCUUUUUUAGGAGGCAAUCCAGAAAUUAUUCAUGAAUGA